AUGGCUGAGGAAACAAACAUGAACUCUUCAGAGACUGCAACCAUGACUUCAAAUUCGAAUAAUGGCGUCGUUGAUGAGCACCGGUGGGUCAUUCAAAUCCGUCAAAUGCUGGAGGAAGAACUCGAAGAUGAUGCUGGCUUCCCAGUAUGUAUCUUCAAUAUCCCUAAAACUCUAUUGUCUGUCAAGCCAGAUUGCUUCAUUCCCCACCAAAUUGCACUAGGCCCAUACCAUCAUUGGAGGGAGGAGCUCUAUGAGAUGGAAAGCCACAAGGUUGCUGCAGCCAGAAGAGCCCAAAGACAAUUCCAGAGCCUGAAAUUCGAAAAGCUCGUCGAAGAAAUGAAGAAACUCAUGCCAAAGAUCCGGGGUUGCUACAACAAGUACCUUGAUUUAAGUGGUGAAGCACUAGCAUGGAUGUUAGCAGUUGAUGCAUGCUUCUUGCUUGAGUUCCUCCAAAUUUAUGCCAUCAAAGAAGGCAAAGUCCAAACAGAAUUUCAUGCAGGCAAGAAUUUUAGUAAUUAUGUUAUGCUUAGAGAUAUAGUGAUGCUUGAAAAUCAAAUCCCACUGUUCCUAAUGAGGAAGGUCUUAGAACUCCAGCAUUCCUCCUUAGAAGCAGCAGAUGUGACACUCAUUGCCUCUUUAAUUGGUUUAUGCAAAGAGGUAUCUCCAUUCAAGAUGAUGAAUUUCUCAAGCAUCAAAUUCACAGAGCAUUCACACUUGCUAGAUGUUCUGUACCACAUGAUUGUGCCCAAAUCUGAAGAACAACCCGAAUUCGCCAUCGAAUUAGUCUCUGAUGGACUAGAUGUUCCCACUGUUGAUGAGAUUGUAGAAGAGAUCAAAGAUUCAACUCAAGUAUUGGAUUUGAUCCGGAAUCUGCUAUCCAAAUUAACAGAAGGUCCAGUAAGUAAUGUUACAAGAGUACUAAUUUCCACACCUGCUAAUUUCUUUUCUAAAUUACCUGGGUUUUCCAUCCUAAAGCAGCCUUUAGAAUUACUGUUUUCCAAAACUAAAGCUGAAAUCAUAUCUGAAUAUGAGGAUUCAAGUUCAACCAACAACAUCCACAAGCCUCCUUUGAUAGAGGAAAUCGCGAUCCCUUCAGUGACCAAACUCUACAAUUCCGGUGUCCAAUUUGCACCCAUAAAAGGGGAUAUCACAUCCAUUACCUUCGACACCAAAUCAUUCACACUUUACCUCCCUACUGUUACCAUAGAUGUUAACACUGAAGUGAUAUUAAGAAACUUGGUUGCAUAUGAAGCAUCAAAUGCAUCAGGACCAUUAACUUUUACGCGAUACACAGAAUUGAUGAAUGGCAUUAUAAACACCAAGGAGGAUGUGAAACUGCUUAGAGAGAAAGGGAUUGUUCUGAAUCAUCUGAAGAGUGAUGAAGAAGUUGCUAACCUGUGGAAUGGGAUGAGUGGAUCAGUGAGAUUAACAAAAGUUUCCUUCUUGGACAAGGUAAUUGAAGAUGUCAACAAAUAUUAUAGAGGUACAUGGAAGGUCAAGGUAGGGAACCACUUGAAAAAGUAUGUUUUUGCUUCAUGGAAAUUCCUAACACUCUUAGCAGCUAUUUUUCUGUUGUUGAUGACAACUCUUCAAGCAUUUUGCUCAGUGUAUAGCUGCGGCCGUGUUUUUCGUAUUGAUACAACGAUCAAUCAGUGA